AUGUAUCUCAAUUUGAACAUUGGCAUACUAGGCCAUGUGGAUUCAGGAAAAACCACGCUUGCGAAAGCACUUAGCGGGAUCGCAAGCACGGCAGCCUUUGACAAAAACCCACAAUCACAGGAACGUGGAAUUACGCUGGACUUGGGUUUCAGCGCACUGCAAGUCGAUUUUCCGGAACAUUUAAGGGCGCAGAGCGCCCUGCAACGAUACGAGAAACUUCAGUACACCUUCGUUGACUGUCCCGGUCACGCGAGUCUCAUCCGAACGAUCAUCGGAGGUGCCCAGAUCAUUGAUAUGAUGCUGCUGGUGAUAGAUUUGGAAAAAGGAAUACAACCGCAAACGGCUGAAUGCUUGAUCAUCGGAGAGCUGACGUGUCGGAAGUUAAUUGUGGUGCUAAAUAAAUUGGAUGUGUUGCGAAACGCUACGCAGCAGCAGAAAACUCUCGAUAAACUUAAGAAAGGUAUUGCGAAUGUGCUUUCCAAAAUGGCAUUUGAUGAGACGCCUGUCGUAGCCAUUUCGGCAGCAACGGGAGAAAAGAUACCACUACUAGUGGAUGCCAUGAAGUUGAAGUCCUUUAUCCCGGACAGAUGCACUGACCUGCCCUUCAUGUUCGCCGUCGAUCAUUGCUUCGCCAUCAAAGGCCAGGGUACCGUUUGUACGGGCACCGUACUGCAAGGCCAGCUGAACGUUAAUGAUGAGGUAGAAAUCCCAAGGCUGAAGUUGCAAAGAAAGGUUAAAUCGAUCCAAAUGUUUCGCCAAAGCCACUCAAGCAUCCAGCAGGGUGAUCGAGCGGGCAUAUGUAUUACCCAGUUUGAUCCGAAGCUGUUGGAACGAGGCAUAGUGUGUGCCUCGAAUUAUGUCCACUUCGUGUAUGCUGCUGUAGUGCAGCUAAACGGCGUAAGGUACUACAAACGACCGAUUCGGUCAAAAGCUAAAUUUCACAUCACCUGCGGUUAUGAGACGGUAUUGGCGACAGUGCUGCUUUUCGCCGGCGAAAAUGAGCCAUUUUCAUAUACGCAACAGUACGAAUAUUUGGAAGAGUACUCUAGAGACACCAGUGGCCAGCGGUGCAUUUUCGCGCUAUUGGAGUUUGAAACGCCCAUUCUUGCCGCUCCAAAUGCGCUCAUUAUUGGUUCGAAGCUCGACAGCGACCUGCACGCGGCAGACUGUCGGAUAGCAUUUUCAGGGAGACUUUCGCAUAUCGUACGAGAUAGCAAGUACGUCGAAACAGUGCUGCCCGGGCUGCAAAUAUACAAAAACAAAUCGAAAUCUGGCACGAUACAACGAGUAGUAAACGAGACUGAGCUUAUUGCGGUAGGUUUAUUCAAAAAGACGGCCAACAAUCGCCAAGCAUUCGUUGGGUUGAACAUUUCCUUGUCUAGCGGUGAACGGGGCGUUAUUGAAGAUACUUUCGGUGCCAGUGGGAAAGUGAAACUACGUUUUCCUAAUCCGAUUGCACCGCACGUCUUACAGCAAGCCGAGCGCAAGGGAACAUCAUCAUUGGGCGAUGUUCUAGGGGUGGAGCUUAAAUUUAAAAAGUUUCUCUUCCGAAACAACGCUAAAGACAAAAAAAUUGUACAAUAAACGAAAUUACCACAGGUGAAACUGAUAUCGACAUGUUUAUUGCGGGUUACAAUGCAACCAUUACAUAUGUGACACACAUCACCUGCUUAUAAUGUGACUGGAGAAGAAAAAAAAUCUGAAAUUGUCU